UGUUUCACCCCCCAUUCUCUCCCUUACCUUACCCCAUCACCCAACUCUCUCUCACUUUCUCUCUCCUCUCAAACCAAAGAAAAUCCAAAUUCUCCAUUAAAAUGGAAUCAUCAUCAUCAACAAUGAGAAGGCCUUGUUUCAGAGCAGAAGACGAUGGUUUAGCUUCUAUUGCUGGAUUCUCCGGUACUACUCAAAAUCAUAUCAUAAAUAAUAGUGGGUUUCCUUACAACAACAACAACAACAAUAAUCAUCAGAAUCUGAAUCUGAAUCAGAUUCAAGCUUUUUUAUGCUACAAUGGCGGAAAUGGUGCUGGUAUUAUGAUGAAAAGACGAAAUAGUCUAAGAAAUAUUACUUCUCUUUCUUCUUCCCCUGUUUCUUCUCCUAGAUCCGGUCGUCUUUUUGAUGCGAGAUUUGAAGAGCUUCACUCCCCUCAUUUCCUCGAAUCUUGCUUCCUCUGCAAAAAACCCCUCGGCGGAAACCGCGACAUCUUCAUGUACAGAGGAGAUACGCCAUUUUGCAGCGAAGAGUGUAGACAAGAACAAAUAGAUAUAGACGAAGCAAAAGAGAAGAACAGAAAAGUGAAGGCGUUGCGAAAUAAGAAAGAAUCGGCUAAAUCAACUUCAACAACAUCUUCAUCUUCUACCCCUAGUAAAAACCCAAACUACCCUUUUCGAACCGGAACCGUUGCGGCAGCCUAAUUUCACUUAAUUUCCCUAAUUAAUGUUCUUAAUUAGGGAAAAAUAUAAGAACUUGUUACAUAGUAAAUCUAAAGAAAAUAGGUUUUUUUUUUGGGUUUUUUUAAAGGGUGAUCUUGAAGAAAGAUCUAUUUUGGGAAGAAGUAUGUAAAUUGACCUUGUUGGUUUACAGUCAAAGGAGAGAGAAAGUGAGGAAUCAGAGGGAAAAAGGAGAGAAAACAGAGCUCAUGAGAGUGUUAUGCAAGGAGUAUAACAAGAAGAAGAUGAAAUCAGAGUGAUGUGCAUAUGGAAUUAUGGAUGGUUUUUUUUAGAUGAAAAAUUACUCUAUGAAUGGCUCUUUUUUUUUUUUUUUUUUUUUUUUGGGUUGAAUUAUAAUCCCAAAAAAGGGGUUGGAAAAAACAAAAAUAAUUUUUGGUUACUUUGGUUGUAAUUGUUCUUUAGUUUUUGAUAUAAUACUCCUACUUUACUAA